CUGCUUGGGCGCGGUGCAUCGGGCUACGUCCGCCGCGCGCGCCUCUGCGACAAGCUGCUUGCCGUCAAGCGGAUUGCGAUUUCUGACGACGAGCGGCGGCGCCAGACCUUCAACGAGAUCUCGACGCUCGUCGGGUGCACCGACCUCAGCGCCGCGAACCUCAUCACGUGCUACGGCGUGCGUUGCAUCGAGGGUAACAUCGAGAUCGCAAUGGAGUACAUGGACCUCGGCUCGCUCGGCGACCUGCUGCGCAGACACGGGCCACUGCCGGAGGAGGCCCUCGGGUCGCUGCUGGACCAGACCCUCGCCGCCCUGCACCACCUGCACAAGGAGAAGCAUGCGGUGCACCGGGACCUCAAGCCCCAGAACCUGCUACUCUCCUCGAGCGGCAAGUGCAAGCUCUCCGAUUUUGGCUGCGUCGCGGAGCUGCAAGACUCGUUUGGCAAGUGCGGCACCUUUGUGGGUACCGUCCCGUACAUGAGCCCCGAGCGGAUCCACGGCGGCGAGUACUCGUACGCCUCGGACAUCUGGUCGCUCGGGCUGACGAUCGUCGAGGCGGCGCUGGGCCACUUCCCGUACGCGCGCUGCAACGGCUACUGGGGAAUCCUGCAGGCGGUGCUGCACGAGUCGUCACCCACGUUGCCGGCCGACCGCUUUUCGCCAGAGAUCGUCGAUUUGGCGGCGCAAUGCCUGCAAAAGGCGGCGGUUGACCGGCCAACGGCGCGUGAGCUGCAGGCCCACCCUUUUCUGGAACGC